UGUGCCAGCUACAGAGACAGAAGAGUCCUCCAAACCUGCUCGAUCCUUUCACCAACUCAGUCUCUCUAGCUCUGUUUCGUGUGAAGGACUGUAAAGCUUUCAGAAGCCUCCGCUGCAACAGCGUAUCGACAAAAGCCAGAGGAAAGGCCAAAAUGACCAACAUUUGGUAUCAUCUAUCUCUUAAAGGACCCAGUAAAGAAGAUUAAUUGGGGGGGGCUGAAUUUUUACAGCUUUUUUGUAAAAUAGCAGAAAUCUGUUUUUGACUGUAAUCAGUCAGAGGCACAGAUGGAUGAGCUUGACUAUCGACACUAACUAGGCUAAAGGUUUGCUUCUGUAUAUCUUCAUCAAAAUCAUAUUGGGAACAAGCUUUAAUUUAAAGUACUUUAACGUCUGGACGUGAACAUGGGCUGUUCUCCAUCCAAGGGUCAUCUCUUCCCAGGGGUUGCAAAUGGGGUCCAUAAGGCUCUGCUGCCAGGACCACCAGAAUCGGGAAACGUCAAGUCGGGUAAGGAAGAAAAUAAAAAAAUUGACAAUAUGGAUACAAACAAAGUGGAGGUACUUCCAUUAUCAGCUGAAGUAGAUAAUCAUAUGCCCCCCCUGGGAAAAUGGGUUGAUUCAGCCCCAAACACAGUCGUUGUAACAAAUCCAGGGAUAAUUUCUGAAAUAGAAGUCAAAAUGACGUCACAGGUAAGAGAAAAUCAGAGUGAGGAUUUACCAGGAAAGAAGAAAAGAAAGAAAAAAAUUAAAAGUAAGACCGUCAAACAGGGCACCAGAAAUGAAAAGGAGAUAAAUAACUCAAUCCUCCCGGGAAAGGUGGACCUCCCCGUACACAUGGUGAGAGCUCACCAGGCUGCUUACGAAUACCUGAACCCCAACAUCUCCAAAUGUGAGAACCUGCUGGGGCUGCUAGACCAGGUGUCCCAGAAUCAGCUCUCCCUGCGACCCAUGAUGACAACCGUCGUGAUGCGCUUUGAGGAGAUCACCCAGGCCCUGGAGGAGAUGGCUGUGGAGGGCGAACAGAUGCUUAAAGAGCAUGGUGACAACAUGGCCUGGCCCUCAGAGACAAAGGCCUCAGCUCCCACAUCCACCAAGCCCAAUGCUGAGAUUUUCGAACCCCCUCAAGACUUACUGCAGCUGUUGCUCCAGCAUUCCACUGAGAAAAUGAAGCAGGUGGGCAGCUCAAUCCAAAGCCUAGGAGACACCGCUCUGGAAGAGGCUGUGGACUACUUUACCUCACUAUCUAAACAACUGGCCCAAAGGCUGCAGGCUAAGCAGGCAGUAGAGGGGCGUCUUGCCCAGGUGCUGGGCAGGGUGGAGGCAGCUGCCAAAUGCAACCUUGAUGACUUGUCCCUGCACAGCGAGGACAGCGGCUUCGGGGGGGAGAACGAGUAUCUGACAGGAUCGGAGCGACGACGUCGCCAGUCGGGGAGGUCGGGAUCCGGUGGCAGUGCCCGUCCCACACCCCCGAGCCAGUCACCUGACCAGGAAUGCCUUGACGAAGGUGAGGAGGAGGAGGAAGACGAGGAGGAUGAAGAUGACGAAGAAGAAGAAGUUAGGCCAGUGAGGGCGCGGUCCAACUCUUCCCCACCAGACCCAAUUCAGACCCCCAAGCACAGCGAGAGGCAGCUGCCCAAACGACCUCAGACCGCCGCCCCUACAUGUAGACCGGCGAGACCACCACGCUCACAGUCCAUAGAAUCCCUGCACCUACAGGAGCUGCAACAGAAAGACCUGGGCCAGCAGGGAGAGGACACUCUGAGAAGACACUCUGCAGGAGCGGCAAGGGUUUCCACAUAUGGACUCAAAGGAUCCUUAAAGGCAAACCAAGCACCACGUUAUCUACCGGCAAUAACACCACAUCCCCCUGUACGCAACUCUGUCAAACGACUCAUCAACACAUUCAGCGGCGGGGUGGACGGCAGACCAGGCCAAAGUCUUCCUAGUGCACACCUUAGAGGGUCUAGGAGGAGUGGAACUCCCCUCUUGCCUGACAUUGGAAAUGGAGAGGUCAACGGCAAGAAUGGUAACAACGGCGGGCCAGGCAAGGAUGACCUGGACAUGGACAACCUCCCACCACCUCCCCCUGAACUCCUCAUGGACAACUCCUACGAGAGCACAGAGGAGAACUCAGCUGAGGAGGAAGGGAAAGAGGAGGACGCCAAAGGUAGGAGCCAAUCUCUGCCCCGCCGAAGGAGUGCCGCUUCUCAGCGCCUUAGGGCCUCAUUGCAGAGCAUGGCGGUGCUCCCCAACCGUGGCAUCGUCAGACCAGUCAGGCAGGAUCCCAGCGUGGGAGAGUGGCAGUCAGCCUCUGAGGGGGACAAAGAGAGCGAGCAGGCAGCCCACCUCUACCGCCAGGCCCGCAAGAUCAUCCACCUACGCAACGCAGCCGAAUACCCUGCUAAGAUCCCUGACCAGGGUGGCAAAGGACCCCUGAGAGCUGGGGUGGGCGUCAGGCAAAGUAGCAACCAUUGUGAGGGGGAGCAUUACCCCACCAGCAUUCAGCCAACGCUGCCACCGGUCUCCAGAGUUCGCCUACCGCCCUCUUGUCCCUCUACCCACCACAGACUACCAAGCCCUCCUGCUUAUGCACAGCCAAAUCCGCCAUCACGUCCAUCCUCUCCCCGAGUGUCAAGGUGGAGCAGGGAAAACAGCGGUGAAGAAGACAUUAAUCCCUCAGUGUCCUUCAAUGCUGCUCGAUCGGUGUUCUGUCAAAGUAGCCAGUCCAUCUCUCAGAGCCCAUCCUGUACCUCUAUACUACCAAGGCCCUAUGGUGAGCCCCCUAGAGGGAGGAUAUACACGCGUGGGUCCCAGAAUGUCAGUAGGCGAAGCCAAUCCGACCAGAGGCCCAGCCUGAUGACACAAGAAAAGGAGUCUUCCUAUCAAGGGACAUCUCAGACCCGGACCAGGGCAAGUGAGCCCAAUAUCACCAACAGCAGUGAGAGGAUGGUCAAAGGUCUUGUGAUGGAUGGGGACAACCAAUUAGACCCAAGUGCUGUUGGUCCUAUUGACUCGGACCCUGACGACCAGUAAUGCAUUGCAACCGGUCAGGUCAGAAUCGAGAGCAAGCGUUCUUAACUCAGAGCCUGGGGACGCAGGGUUCUGGUUGUUUUCGCUUCUACCUGUUAGCUCACAGCAUUCACCUGAUGGCCCAGGUCUAAAUCAGGCCUAAUUAGGGGGGGUUGGUUUAAAACCAGCAGUACUCUGGGUCCUGGAAUUGAAAACCUCUGAUAGUGGGUGAAGACUGAGCCUAGAAUGGGAUUAUGGAUUAGGAAGACUCUUAAGGCUUCUAAUGAGAGAUGAAAGGGUCUAUUCUAAGAAAGUGUGUUGUGUUAGGUAAUUCACCACACAUCCCCCUCAUGAUGGAGAACAAAAAAAUGUGUUCUAUUACUUCCCAUGAUAUCUGAUGUUUUGUAGUACAGUAAUUACUGGAAACAUUGUUCCAACAACCAUAAAAAGCAGUAAAUGAAAAUAAAUGUAUUUUCUUUAGCGGAUUUUGUAUAGGUAUACUUUGCAAUCUAUGAAUACAUUUGUGCAUGUACAUGUUGACCAUGACUAAGUGCAUUGGUGAACUGAUAUGUUGUUCAUGUCAUACUGUUUUUAAAUUAGUAUUUUGAGUUUGAAGUGUUGCCCUUUUUGUUAUACAUUAACUAUGUUGUUUAUGAAUGUUUUAUUAUUAUUCAUAGUGUGACUUUUGUAUGUGGUUCUGUUCUACUUUUCUACUUCUGUUCCUAAUAAAUGUUGUAAGAAAUACUGCCAGCUGUGUGCUUCAUCAGAAGUCAUUAAUAUUGAAAUUUCACACAUUUUCAUUUGACUAAUGUUUCAACAUGUGAUAUUAAAAAUUAUAAAAGGCCCCUUUCUCUUUAAAAGCUUUUUGAAAAACGAUACACACGGAAUAUCUCUGUUUGUAUGGGAUGGUACUUUUGGCCAACAAUAUGAUAUCACAAGAAUGAUUUGACCAUACUAGACCAAUGACUCAGCUGGGUAAGCAGUUGUCUCCAGACCAUCAAAAAUGCCUAUAAAAUCUUCAGACUCCCACAGAAUCAGACUGAUGUGGAUACACUGAAUGUAUGGGCUUUAGGACUGUUGUGAGCAUUAAGGCCAAAUGUUGAAUGUCUGCUGAAAG